AUGUCCUCUUUGGUGCCAAAGAAGGCGCGUAUCGCUACCCCCUCGAACGGUGGGCAUAGCGUUUCUGUUGCCUCAUCUGCCGCCAAUGAUGGAAAGCAGGAGAAGCUCAGCCUCCUUCGCGCUGCAAUGCAAGCGCGGGGAGUCUCGGCCUAUCUUGUAGAGACGCAGGAUGCUCAUCAUAGUGAGUAUGUCGCCGACCACGACAAGCGGAGGGAGUGGCUCACGGGGUUUACGGGCUCUGCGGGAACAGCGCUCGUGACACACACGAAAGCGCUCAUGUGGACUGAUGGUCGGUACUUCUUGCAGGCGAGCCAACAGCUGAGCGCAGACUGGAUGCUCAUGCGCCUCGGCGAGAAAGACGUGCCCACCUUGGAGCAGUGGUUGGAGCAGGAGGCCGGCACUGUUCGCGAUGCUGGGGUGUCCGCCGCAACCACCACCGCUGCAGCGGAGGAGAAGCACAAGGAGGAAGAUCCAGCGGUGCCGGGAAGCGAGGCUACUGCCGUUUCUGUUGCCGUCGCUCCUGCUGCAGACGGCGCCGGGGGCAAGAAGGGCGGGAUGGGGGUGGGCGGCUUUCGAGUGGGAGUCGAUCCGUGGUUGCUGUCGGCGGGGACGGCGAGGACUCUUACCUCGAAGCUUGCGGCGAGCGGAGGGUGUUUGGUGCCGAUCAGUGGAAACCUGGUGGAUGAGAUAUGGACCGACCAGCCACCAGUCCCUCGGCGACCCGUGCGAGUACACCCUCUCAAGUUCGCCGGGGUUGGCGUCUCCGAGAAGAUCGCUGCGGUGCGAAAGCUUGUUGUUAAGGAGAGGGCCUCGUCCCUCGUGGUCAUGGCAAUGGAUGAGGUGGCGUGGCUCUUCAACAUCAGAGGCAGCGACAUCUUGUACAACCCGGUGACCUUCGCGGCCUCGCUGCUCACGCAAGAGGACGCAUUCCUUUUCAUCGACGCGGUCAAGCUCGGGGAGGGAGUGGAGCAGCAUUUGAUGGAGGCCGGCGUUACCAUCAAGCCAUACGACGCUCUCCUGCCCGAACUCCGAACGCUGAAGCCGAAGCCUUCGCCCGCAGCUGCCGGCACCGCACCAGGACCGCUGCUGCCGAUCGACAGGUGCAUCCCUCAGCUCGUGGCGAGAUAA